GCCGAAUGUUAUUAACUUCAUUUGUUUACAUUUAUCUUUUAAUAAUUUGUUUAAAAAUCGUUGACUAUCAAUUAAGUCGACAAAUAUACAAACGAAAUCAUGACUAAUAGUAAUUUGAGUGAAACAUUGAUAGAGUUUGUCUUAUUGGAGGUGAUACAGAGACCACCAAAACAAGGACAAUACGUUAUGCAAAUUAUCUACGAAAUGUGUUUCCAUCUACAGACAUAAAUCUCUUAGAAUUGGGUGCUAAAACUAUGGGACGAUUAGCUUCCUCAUUAGGAAUUAAAAGAGGAGAAUAUGUGGAGACUGAAAUAAAAAGAUGUUUCGAAUGGCUAGCUGAAGAAAGAAAUGAAGGCAAACGAUUAUCGGCUGUUUUAAUUUUGAGAGAACUGGCUAUAUCUAUGCCAUCAUAUUUUUUUCAGCAAAUAAAUGGAUUCUUCAAUCAUAUCAUGAGAGCACUUAGAGAUCCUAAAGAUCAAAUACGAGAAGCUGCAGCAAAAGUUUUGAGGGCUGCUUUUGCAGUAACCUCUCAGAGAGAGCAGCCAGAGCAAAGUAACAAAGCUCAUUGGUAUAUUCAAUGUUAUGAAGAAGCAGAGACAUCAUUUGGUGAUCAUGCUAUUAGAGAAAGGGGAUUGAACAGGGAUGACCAUGUGCAUGGAGCUUUAUUAAUUCUAAAUGAAUUACUCAGGUGCUCAAAUGCAGCAUGGGAGAAAAAAUACACUUCUCUAAUGCAAAAGCUAGACCCUGAUUUAGAUUCUCAUGAUGAAAUGUCUUCUCUCAGUCCUAAAAUUCAGGGUUCAUGGUCAUUGUCACAUUAUUCAGAUGAAAAAAAUCAACCUCUAAUAUUUGAAUCCAGUAUUUGCAAGAAAUUAAUUGAAGAUAAUUGUGAAAAAAUCUCAGCUGAUGUAAUGGCUCAGCAAAUAUCAAGAGCUCAUAAUGUGCAUCAGAUGCUCCUUCUGUUAAUACCUCGAUUAGCUGCCUUCAACAAAGAAACUUUUGCUAAAAGACAUCUGAAGUCAACGAUAAAUCAUUUGAUAACAUUCUUACGUGGUAGAGAAAAAGAAAAGGCCAUGGCUUUCACCACACUUGGCUUGGUUUGUGUAGCUAUGGAAUCAGAUGUACAACAGUAUCUCUCAAGAAUUAUUGAUAUUAUCAAAUUAACCCUGCCAAUCAAAGAAACACAGAAAAAACGUAACGGAUCUGAAACACCAUUAUUUCAUUGUGUUACAUUACUAGGAUUUGCCAUGAAAGAGAAUGUAGCAAAUGAAGUUAGAGAGCUGCUAGAUUCUAUGUGUUUGACAGGCUUAAGUCCACAAUUAACAACUUGCUUUAAAGAACUAAGCAAUAAUUUACCUUCUUUAAAAAAAGAUAUAACUGAUAAAUUAUUGAACAUGCUAUCUUUAAUAUUGAGAAAGAAACCUUAUGUUUCUACCAACGAAAAUCACAAAGGUGUCUUCACAACUGCUUUGCUAGCAGAACCUCAUGAUGCCAAUAAAUUAGUAUUGGCUUUGAGGACUCUAGGUUCUUUUGAUUUUGAAUGGAAUAACACUUUGAUGUCCUUCAUCAGAAGGUGUACAGAUCAUUAUCUGCUGUGUGAUCAUCACGACAUUCGGCUAGAAGCAGUAAAGACAGCUGCAAGAUUAUUAACGAAAGCUGUGGAGAGAUGCGCCCAGAUAAAUUCACGAACUUUAAAUUUAAUGAUUGAUGAAUCCAUAGGUAAAAUUUUGUCUGUUGGACGAUCAGAUUUUGAUCAUGAAAUACGCUACAGAGUACUUGAGGUGUUUAUGAAUCCAGUAUUUGACAGAUAUCUUGCUGUAGAAGAACAUCUAAAUUGUCUUUUUGUUUCUAUUAAUGACUCGAAUUCUGAAGUUGGAGAACUAGCACUGUGCAUUUUUGCAAGAUUGAGCAAUCUCAACCCAAGCUAUACCACACCAACAUUGCGUCAACUGUAUGUACAAAUUCUAAUAGAUUUGCAACAUUCAGAAUCUCCGCGGAAUAAAGAAAAAGCUUUACGAAUGAUAAAUAAUAUUAUAUCUCAUGCUCCCACAAUUACACGUCAAUUUGUUGAUACAAUUCUAAAUGUGCUUAUACCGAAACUGAAAGAAAAGGACAGUAAUUCCACUAUGAUAUCUACAGUACUAAAGGCCAUCGGAGAUUUGGCAGAGGUUAAUGGUGGUGGACAUGCUUUAAAUAAAUGGUUAACAGAAUUGAUUUCUACUCAAAUUGAAAUCCUGGCAGAUCCUAAUCAAAUCGAAAAGAGAAGUGUUGCCCUAUGGUCUUUUGGUCAAGUUGUAAGUGCAACAGGGCACGUGGUCGCUCCAUACAUGGAAUAUCCCAAGCUAAUGGAUCUUUUGCUAAAUUUCUUAAAAACGGAACAGCAACUUCGAGAAAUACGCGAAACUGUUCGGAUUUUGGGAUUGUUAGGAGCAUUAGAUCCAUAUAAAUAUAAAGUAAAUCAAGGAUUAAUAGAUUUCCAAACUGUGUCUACUUUGAUACCUAUAAGGGAGCCGUCAGUCGAUAGUUUUGAAUCUAAUAUCAGUGAAAUGUUAGUAAAUAUGUCACCGUUAGUACUAGAUGAAUUUUAUCCAGCCAUCGUAGUGACUUCACUAAUGAUAAUGUUGCGCGAUCCGACGUUAGCGCACCACCAUCCAAGUGUUGUGCAUUCUGUAACUUUUAUCUUCCAAUCACUGGGUAUUAAAUGCGUCCCGUACAUAUCACGUGUGACGCCAACGCUUCUACACGUUAUUCGGACAACGGAAAACAGCAAUUUUCGUGAAAUACUUUUGACGCAAUUAGCACAAUUGAUAUCUGUUGUGAAAAUCCACAUUCGAAACUAUCUGGAAGACAUUUUUGACAUGAUAAGGGAGUACUGGACUCCCAACAGCCACCUCCAAGCUACCCUAAUAAUGUUGGUCGAACACAUAACGGUCGCGAUCGGUACAGAAUUUAAAAUUUACUUACGUAAAAUACUACCGAACAUUCUUAGGGUAUUGAAACACGACACAAGCAAGGAUAGAUUUUUGACAGAGAAACUGUUAAUAACAAUACAAAAGUUUGAGAAUAAUUUGGAUGACGUGCUCUUGUCGGUGGUGCCAGCGAUAACCGCCCUGUUUGACGGGAGAAACAUUCCGUUCGCAAUUUCGAAGCUUGCGAUGGAGACCAUCGAGCAUCUCUCCGUGCACUUGUGCGUCAAACAGUAUUCGGCGACAAUCAUUCAAGCCCUCGUCAAAGUUUUGGAUAACAACGCUUCAUUGAGGCAAACUGCAAUGAACACUCUCUCCGCUUUGAUAGUUCAAAUGGGCCGCGAAUACAUAGAUUACAUACCGUCUAUGGAAAGGAUAUUAUCGAAACAUAAAAUACAAUGUCCUAACUAUAUCGUGUUGGUAACGCGGUUACAGCUAAUAUCUACGCUUGCAUCAGAUGAUGAUUAUUUGGACGAAACGCGGUCAAGACUUCGUAAUCAAAAGAACGAAAUGGUAAGGUGCACAACGGAAAUGCAGCCUAUACAGAAAGUUACGUUAAAUGUACACAAUUUACGUAAAUGUUGGUCUGUCCAUAACAUUGUGUCCAAAGAAGACUGGAUGGAGUGGUUGCGUCUGCUCAGUGUCGGCUUCCUGACCGAAUCCAACAGCCCUGCUAUCAGAGCCUGUUCUACUUUAGCACACAACAACCCUCAACUUGCGAGCGAUCUGUUCAAUGCGGCGUUCAUGUCGUGCUGGACGGAGCUGGACGAGUCCUCGCGCAAGGACUUGGUGGCGGCCUUGGAGCGAGCACUCACCGUGCCCGACCUGCCGGAAUUAGCGUUAGCGGUCCUCAACCUGGCCGAGUUUAUGGAGCAUUGUGAAAAAUCAUUGUUACCGAUUUCCAUAAAGUUACUCGGAGACACAGCUAUAAGCUGUAGGGCUUACGCUAAAGCUCUUUAUUAUAAGGAGGAAGAGUAUAAGAAAAAUCCGUGUACGAAGGUAAUUGAAGCUUUAAUUCAUAUAAACAAUAAGUUGCAACGUAAAGAAGCUACUAACGGCUUACUCGAAAAAGCAGUUAGUGAAAACAAAAACGGAGAGAAUGCUAUAAAUAACCACGUUCACUGGUACGAAAAACUUAACAAUUGGGACCAAGCUCUAGAACUGUAUACUAUUGCAUUAGAAUCUCAGCCCAACGACGAGGCUUCAAAGUUGGGAACGAUGCGGUGUCUGGAAGCUAUGGGCGAAUGGAAAAGAUUGUACAGUAUGACCCACGAUCAAUGGGACAACAUGGACGAGGAGUUUCGUAAUAAAUCUGCGAAAAUGGCCGCAGCGGCAUCUUGGGGUCUUCAAGAAUGGUACUCGAUGAAGAAAUACGUGGAACUGAUUCCAGAAAGUACCCAAGACGGGGCUUUUUACAGGGCCAUCAUAAACAUACAGGACGGACAGUGGGCCGAAUCGAGACAUUACAUCGAUCUUGCCAGAAGUCUCAUAGAUGUCGAGCUGACAGCAGUGGUUGGAGAAAGUUAUCAAAGGGCUUAUGGAACACUAGUCAACGCCCAACUGCUAACCGAAUUAGAAGAAAUUAUCACUUAUAAAUUAAUAGAAGAAAGACGAAGCACAAUCCGAAAGACUUGGUGGACACGACUCCAAGGCGGGCAGAGGCUGGUCGAGGAUUGGAGGAAGAUAUUACAAGUGCGCAGUCUAGUCAUGUCGCCGAGAGAAGAUUUUCAGACGUGGUUGAAAUUUGCGUCGCUAUGCAGGAAAACGGGCGCAAUUAAUCAAGCGCAUAAGAUAGUUAUUUCGGUGUUGGGCAGCGAUCCGAUCUCGAACCCCGACGUCAUGUUACACGUGCAGGACCCGCGAAUCGUUCUGGCUUACAGCAAGAACUUAUGGGAUGUCGGCAACAAACGUUACGCUCACGAUGUCUUGCAAAGAUUCGUGGAUAGCACCGAACCGGAAAACGAAGAACAUUGUCGUCUCUUAGCGCGUUGUCACUUGAAAUUGGGCUCGUGGUGCGAAGCAAUACACGAAAUCAAUGAGCUAUCGAUCCCGGAAAUCUUAAGGAACUACGCGACCGCAACGAUCCUCGCCCCGGAAUGGUACAAAGCGUGUCACGCGUGGGCGUGUAUGAACUUCGAAACGGUUCUGUUUUACAAGCAACAAGACAACACGUCGGAGAGCAGUGUAACGGGCGGUACUGGCGAGAAAAAAGUCGCUCGAACCGACUUCAUAAACGCGUACACGAUACCCGCUAUCGAAGGUUUCUUCAAGUCUAUAAGUUUGUCGAACGGCAACGCUUUGCAAGACACGUUGAGAUUGUUGACUCUGUGGUUCGACCACGGACAUCAUCCGGCCAUUUACGAUGCAAUAUUCGAAGGGAUACGACAGAUCGACAUCAAGAUAUGGCUACAGGUCAUACCACAGCUGAUAGCCAGGAUCGAUUCGCCGCGAAGUCUCGUAGCUAAACUGGUUCACAUCCUUUUGAUUGAUAUCGGAAAAUCUCACCCUCAAGCCCUGGUUUAUCCAUUGACGGUCGCGACGAAGUCAUCGUUCGUGACCAGGAAAAACGCCGCCAACUACGUAUUGAAAACUAUGUGCAUUCAUGCACAGAAUCUGGUGAACGAAGCCGCUAUUAUUUCGGAAGAGUUGAUCAAAGUGGCAAUACUGUGGCACGAUCAAGUUUACAUAGCACUCGAUGAAGCGUCAAGGUUUUGUUUCAGCGAGAAAGAUUAUAAGAGAAUGUUUAAAACUUUGGACAAAAUGCACGCAAUGCUGGAUACCCCUCCGGAGACGUUGAAGGAAGUCUCAUUCCUGCAGAUGUAUGGACGCGAUCUACAGGAGGCGCGGCGCUGGUGCGAGUUAUACAAGGAGAGCAACGAAGAGAGGUACCUGAACGAAGCGUGGGAUCUGUACUACCACGUGGUGCGGCGCAUCCAAGCCCAGUUCCGGUCGCUGACGUCACUGGAGCUGCAGUACGUCAGCAAACGUUUGCAUUCGUGCAAGGACCUGGAGCUGGCCGUCCCGGGCUCGUACGUGCCUAAUCAGAAAAUAAUUAACAUCUCGUACAUACACAGCAAUUUGCAGGUAAUCAAGUCGAAGCAGCGUCCGAGACGUCUGACCAUACAGGGCUCUGACGGCAAACAGUACAUGUUCCUGCUGAAGGGCCACGAGGACCUGCGGCAGGACGAGCGCGUGAUGCAGCUCUUCGGAUUGGUCAACGCUCUGCUGCGGGCCGACGCCGACACGUACCGACACGACCUCGCCAUACAGAGAUACGCGGUCAUACCGCUCUCCCCCAACUCCGGACUCAUCGGCUGGGUCCCGCACUGCGACACUCUCUACAAUCUAAUCAGCGAAUUUCGCGAUAAAAAGACGAACAAAACGGCGCUGAACACGGAACAGCAGAUCAUGUUGAGGAUGGCCUCGGAUUACCAGAAGUUGAUGCUGAAGCAUAAGGUGGAGGUUUUCGAAUACGCGCUUUCGCAGACGCCGGGCAACGACCUGGCGCGGCUGCUGUGGCUGAAGAGUCCGUCGUCGGAGGUGUGGUUCGAGCGGCGCACCAACUACACGCGCUCGCUCGCCGUCAUGAGCAUGGUGGGCUACAUCCUCGGCCUCGGAGACAGGCACCCGUCCAACAUCAUGCUGCACAAAGUCACCGGCAAGGUCCUGCACAUUGACUUCGGCGACUGUUUCGAAGUCACGCAGACGAGGGAGAAGUUUCCCGAAAAGAUACCCUUCAGACUGACCAGGAUGCUCAUCAAUGCUAUGGAGGUAACCGGCAUCGAAGGUACGUACCGCUUCACCUGCGAAUCUGUGAUGCACGUCCUCCACAAACACAGAGACAGCGUAAUGGCUGUGCUCGAAGCCUUCGUCUACGACCCGUUACUGAACUGGCGGCUUGUAGACAACGACCAUCACUCCAUCACGGAGUCCUCGUUCUCCUCAGACAUAGACUAUUCGUACACCCUCCCGAACAGAAGCCGAAAUCAUUUGCUUUACGAAUCACCAGAGAUCCCGCCCGAGGCUAAUCUAAAUAAACGCGCGGUCGCCAUUUUGAACAGGAUUAGGGACAAAUUGACCGGAAGGGACUUUCCUAAUGUUGAAUCUAUAGUGAGCGUGCCCCAACAAGUGGAACUGCUCGUGAAGCAGGCGACAAGCAAUGAGAACCUCUGUCAGUGCUAUAUCGGCUGGUGUCCAUUCUGGUAGUGGACCAACUGUAAUGGUAUAUAUAUAUAUAUAUAACAUUUCUGUGUAUAUAUAUAUAUAUAUACACAGAAAUGUUAAGCGAAAACCAACUUCGCUCGAUCUGAGAACGUAACAGUAUCUUAUUAUAAUAUACGAUGUUACAUCAUAUAUUAUAAUAAUAUACGGUAGAAGAACGUAAAAGUAUAUUAAAACCAUAAAAUCUUGUCGAAAACAGAUAAUUAAAAGAAAAAUUAAUAGGUAUCGUAAUGUUUAUGUCCUAGUGAGUUUUUCUUAUUUACGAUCCAAUAUAUUUAUUAAUAUCCGAAAUAUGAACAGAAACAAAAGUUUAAUUUUCUCAACAUUUCUGUUUGUUUUAAGUUCCUUCAUUAGUUAUAUUGAGUAUUAAUAUGUUUUGUACAUUAAGUAUAGUAUAUUAUAUUAGAUUAGUUCGUAUUUAUAAAUGUCGUAAUAAAAUUUUCGAUAAGUAUUACUAUAACAGUUUUGUUUCGUUAUUAAAUUAAAAGGACGGUAGGUCGUAAAAAGUAUACUUUUAAUGUUUAUACAAAUAACAUAGAUAUUAAGAAGCUUAUUUAAUUGUUAAUAAUGUAAAUAGCAAUUGUUAAAGAGUCGUUACUUUUAUAGACGCUGUAAGAAUUAAUUUCACGCGACUGUCUGACAUGAGUUUGUUUCUUCUUACAUUAGGUAUUAGGUUCAAGUACUGAGAAACGCUAUAAGGUAUUUAUUUGACUGUGCUAAAAAAUUUAGCCGAAAGAUUUCGUUAAAAUAUACAACAUUUCAGAAGAAUAUGUUUAAUAUUCAAUUUUGAAAACAUUGGAUUAGUUUGACCGAAAACCCUAUGACAUUUAUUCUCUAUCUCGUGACGUCAUAAGUGAAUGUCAUUCUACUUGGAGUUAUCAAUUCAAAAUAUUGAAUUUUAAAAAUUUGGAUGCGUUUUGAACUUGGAAUAAACCAUCUGUAUUUCUGUGUAACAGUCAAAUGCGUACCCUAUUAAACUGAAACCUUUUUGCUAAUUAUUUAUAAACCAAAUAGAUUUUAUAUGAGUUUAAUUCUCACACUCUCUCAAUUUUUUCAAUUUUGUUAGCGUAGAUAACCGAAUUGUCUAUGUAAAAUUAAUUUAUGGUUUUGAAGUUUUCCAAUCGACGUAUGAAUAAACCAAAACUCACACGUUCUCACAAAAGAGGUCGUGCGAAUAUCUCGAGAACAAAAUUCGUAACAAAUAAAUAUAUGUUUUCAUUCAGUCAAAACUGAUAUCGCUGCGAAUACGUGUAUUAUCUGGAAUUAAUAGUAGAUAUUACACAUAAUAUUUAGAUGAACAAUAAUCACUGCCAAUAAGAUAAAUAACAAUAUAUUUUUGUGUUGAAUAAUAAACAAUACGGGUAUAAUUAUGGUAAUAAUAAUUGUUGACUGCCAUUUUGCAUUUCCAUUAACUCAUAACGAUUUUUUACAUUUAACAUCGUAAACAUAAUUCAGACACAUAGUUUCAUAGCAAAAAUUAAACGAAUUAUUAUGUGAACGUAAUAAUUUACAAGAAUUUGGAUACAUUUCGCAAAUUUUUUUAUUUUUGUGUAAGCACUAAAUAAAAAAUAAUGUCCAUACAGACGUAAUGACAGUUGCCAACAAUGGAAAUAUCUCUACUUUUACAAGUAAUAUUUAUUUAUGAAAAGUAGAAUACAAAACUAACCAUGGCAAGAACAUUGGAAAAGGUACAAUUCUUUUACGAGUAAACCUUUAGAAAAAUGACCAAAAAUUUUUAUUUCAAAUUUCAUUGUUAUAGUAAACAACAAAUCAAGACUGUUAAUUUCUUAAAUUUUAAACUGGUGUAAAGAUUACCACCAGAAGGUUCUUAGUUUCGCUUAGCCGGGGAUGUCCCCGGCAAAAGGUGGAUCUUCACAACACAGUUUGUGUUUGAUUCUCAUGAAAACAAGUGUCUGUUUAAUAACAACGUUUCUUCAGAAACUCAAUUCACACACAUUGCACCUAUUAUUAAGUAAUCUAAGCGUUGUGUUAUCAAAGUGAGAAUAUUAUACAAUAAAGUUUAUUAAAACCUC